UCUCUUCAGAUUUUGUGUACACGGGACGCUAACUAACGACAGUCUGGGUUCCUCUCCACACAACUGAAUGAGAAGGGAAACCAGGGAGGAAUCUGUUCAAUACCACCAGACAGCCAUUAUUCUGUCACAACUAAAGCACUAUAGAGUGUGUGGGGGGGGGGGUAUAGCUAUUUAUUUUUGAUACACUGUUGGUUCAACCUCUCAGGAUGUCUAUUUAAAAUGGAGCAGAUUGACCUCUGGAAAUAUUGACGUUUGGUCCACUUAUAGCUGAAUCUUAGGUUGCAUUCAAUGAGAUGUGAUUACAUUGUUUUGCACCAAAUUGUAAAGCUCUUCCAAGAAACAUUAUUCCCCUAAACUCAUGUUAUUUCAAUAUUAAUAACGUCUGAUGAAAAGACAGAAAGCAACUGAUAUAAAAUGUAGAUAUAAUGAUUCUUAUUAAACGUAAACAGAACAAAAAGAUGAAUGAAAGCUAUCAGGCGAAGCAAUGAAUGGGAUUCUACGAGGCGUAGCUUCCCUACAUCACAAAGCAUUAUUAUGACAAGGCCUGAAUGCCUAAAAACCUUCCCUGAAGAAACCUUCCCUGCAUCACAAAGCAUUAUUAUGACAAGGCCUGAAUGCCUAAAAACCUUCCCUGAAGAAACCUUCCCUACAUCACAAAGCAUUAUUAUGACAAGGCCUGAAUGCCUAAAAACCUUCCCUGAAGAAACCUUCCCUACAUCACAAAGCAUUAUUAUGACAAGGCCUGAAUGCCUAAAAACCUUCCCUGAAGAAACCUUCCCUACAUCACAAAGCAUUAUUAUGACAAGGCCUGAAUGCCUAAAAACCUUCCCUGAAGAAACCUUCCCUACAUCACAAAGCAUUAUUAUGACAAGGCCUGAAUGCCUAAAAACCUUCCCUGAAGAAACCUUCCCUACAUCACAAAGCAUUAUUAUGACAAGGCCUGAAUGCCUAAAAACCUUCCCUGAAGAAACCUUCCCUACAUCACAAAGCAUUAUUAUGACAAGGCCUGAAUGCCUAAAAACCUUCCCUGAAGAAACCUUCCCUACAUCACAAAGCAUUAUUAUGACAAGGCCUGAAUGCCUAAAAACCUUCCCUGAAGAAACCUUCCCUACAUCACAAAGCAUUAUUAUGACAAGGCCUGAAUGCCUAAAAACCUUCCCUGAAGAAACCUUCCCUACAUCACAAAGCAUUAUUAUGACAAGGCCUGAAUGCCUAAAAACCUUCCCUGAAGAAACCUUCCCUACAUCACAAAGCAUUAUUAUGACAAGGCCUGAAUGCCUAAAAACCUUCCCUGAAGAAACCUUCCCUACAUCACAAAGCAUUAUUAUGACAAGGCCUGAAUGCCUAAAAACCUUCCCUGAAGAAACCUUCCCUGCAUCCCAAAUGGCACCCUAUUCUCCACGGGCCCUAAUCAAAAGGUGUGCACUAUAUAGGGAAUAGGGUGCCAUUUGGGUACAAAGACCUUUCUGUAUAAUAUGUUCUAAAUCGUAGUUGCUGGUUUGUAGUUUAAAAAAAUAAUUAACCCGGAGCAGACAGACAGACAGCUCGCUGUCUUGAGAGUAGCUCAUCACAAAUGCUGUCUAGAUCCUUGUAUAAAGUAGCAGACCGUCUGUACAGUUGGUUGUGUUGUGAAUAGUUGUUUAAACAUGGCGUCAGUUCAUGUUGUGUGUGUGUGUACCAUUGAGAUUGUACAGUAGAGCCUGGAGGAGGGAACAGCAUAUAGUUUGUGUGCCAUCUCAGCUACCUAUGUUUUCUAGGGCAAAGGGAAAACUCGACUGGAAAACAAAACGCCAUCUUGUAUUCGGUUGUUUUCGGAAAGAGGUGGUAACCUUUUCUCCAUGGUCCUUCGAACCAAGAUGGAGGGAGUGUUCAUGAGAGAGACUGUAUGGGUUUUGUACAUUACCUUCUUCAAAACAUGAUGUUGCAUUUCUGGUCAUCCUUUUGCAUAAAACUGGGCUGAUGGAUGUGUCUGUGAACAAUACGAACAGGGAUCUUUCUAUGUCAUGUGUUGAACUGAGCGGGAGAUCCCUUUAACUGAAUCUGAGCUGGCCAGCUUCCUGAUCUAAACAGGAGAAGGUCUAGAAGUUGGACUAAACUAAAAAAACAACUGAAGAAACUUCACACAAUAAGCAAUACUGGCCAAAUCCUGCUGAGAUCCUGGGGAUAAAGUGAGAGAAUUGAAUAAAAUGUCAACAUCCUGACCCUGUGAGAGGUCUGCAGUGGCCAAGACACUGACCUUUCCAGACUACAGGUUUUGGGACGUGGCAUUUCUCUGUCUGAGCUUCUCUGAGCCCAGAGCCACGGAAACAGACCGAGCUACAGAAGAAACAGUGUUGGUUGGCAUUCGUCCCAUUGUUACUGAAGACAAUGCAGAUCUUCAGUACCUCUCACUACCAUAGUAUUUCAAAAUCAAUCUGUAUCUACAUAUAAAUAGUACGUUCAGAUUGAAUCUUCUCUCCAAUGGCUCCCAUUAUGUUAGUUUCUACUCUAUAUACAAAAAUCACACAUUUUUAAAAUACUAGCUUUAAAAAACAAAUACUAAGAUGAUCAUUUUCAGGGUUCUGACUCCUCCCAGUAGUAUCAGAUGGAACACAUUCUGACUCCUCCCAGUAGUAUCAGAUGGAACACAUUCUGACUCCUCCCAGUAGUAUCAGAUGGAACACACUCUGACUCCUCCCAGUAGUAUCAGAUGGAACGCACUCUGACUCCUCCCAGUAGUAUCAGAUGGAACACAUUCUGACUCCUCCCAGUAGUAUCAGAUGGAACACAUUCUGACUCCUCCCAGUAGUAUCAGAUGGAACACAUUCUGACUCCUCCCAGUAGUAUCAGAUGGAACACAUUCUGACUCCUCCCAGUAGUAUCAGAUGGAACACACUCUGACUCCUCCCAGUAGUAUCAGAUGGAACACAUUCUGACUCCUCCCAGUAGUAUCAGAUGGAACACAUUCUGACUCCUCCCAGUAGUAUCAGAUGGAACACAUUCUGACUCCUCCCAGUAGUAUCAGAUAGAACACAUUCUGACUCCUCCCAGUAGUAUCAGAUGGAACACAUUCUGACUCCUCCCAGUAAUAUCAGAUGGAACACAUUCUGACUCCUCCCAGUAGUAUCAGAUGGAACACAUUCUGACUCCUCCCAGUAAUAUCAGAUGGAACACAUUGACUCCUCCCAGUAGUAUCAGAUGGAACACAUUCUGACUCCUCCCAGUAGUAUCAGAUGGAACACAUUCUGACUCCUCCCAGUAAUAUCAGAUGGAACACAUUCUGACUCCUCCCAGUAAUAUCAGAUGGAAAACACAUUCUGACUCCUCCCAGCAGCAGGGAUAUUGAAUUUCCUGUUUAGUCCUAUUCCUCUCUUCACAAAAACAUGCUGGCGCUCGUCAUUGCUUUUGCACCAAAUGACCCCACACAGCAAGUAAGGCAAUGCAUACAGUAUUAUGUAGAGUAGCGCACCAGUCUCUCAGGCUUGACCCUCUCACCCCUGUCCUCCCCUAUAAGCCUAAAGGUCGUAUCAUAAAGAGAUUGUCUCCAGAUAAUAGAGUACAGAAACAUCAACUCUCUCCAUCUGUUCUCCUCUCUGCCGGGAGUUGAGUGGAUCUAAUAGUGUGGUAUUAAGCUCCACUGUAGAUUCCUCAAAAGUUUUCAUUACAGAAAUCUAUAUCAAUCCCCUUCCCUCCUGUCAAACGAAUACGUUGUUAGAUCCCCAAUGACCCUCUGGAACACAUCUCUCUGGGUUUCACCAGUGUAUGGCUGGUGCCCAUACAGCAGCUAAAACUUCAUGUGACGGCGCUGAGCUACCUGAUGAACAUUCUCCCAACGUUUCUGUUUCCCUGUUACACCUCUACUACCUCGCUCACCAACCAACAGUUGACCUGCAGGGGAAACCUUCUAACCGAGGCCUUUAGAAAGAGACAAGGAGAUGAGGGACAGAGGUGUUGGAGGCAAAUCAGAGCAAUUAACUCUUUAACAGAGAAGUCAUGGUGUAAGCCUGCCGUAUGUAUCAUUUACAGUAUGUAUCAUUUACAGUAUGUAUCAUUUACAGUAUGUAUCAUUUACAGUAUGUAUCAUUUACAGUAUGUGUCAUUUACAGUAUGUAUCAUUUACAGUAUGUAUCAUUUACAGUAUGUAUCAUUUACAGUAUGUAUCAUUUACAGUAUGUGUCAUUUACAGUAUGUAUCAUUUACAGUAUGUGUCAUUUACAGUAUGUAUCAUUUACAGUAUGUAUCAUUUACAGUAUGUGUCAUUUACACUAUGUAUCAUUUACAGUAUGUAUCAUUUACAGUAGGUAUCAUUUACAGUAUGUAUCAUUUACAGUAUGUGUCAUUUACAGUAUGUGUCAUUUACAGUAUGUAUCAUUUACAGUAGGUAUCAUUUACAGUAUGUGUCAUUUACAGUAGGUAUCAUUUACAGUAUGUGUCAUUUACAGUAGGUGUCAUUUACAGUAGGUAUAAUUUCAUGGGGCGGCAGGGUAGCCUAGUGGUUAGAGCGUUGGACUAGUAACCGGAAGGUUGCAAGUUCAAACCCCAGAGCUGACAAGGUACAAUCUGUCGUUCUGCCCCUGAACAGGCAGUUAACCCACUGUUCCCAGGCCAUCAUUGAAAAUAAGAAUUUGUUCUUAACUGACUUGCCUAGUAAAAUAAAGGUAAAAUAAAGGUAAAAUAUAUAUAUUUUUUUAAAUGUACAAGUAGGUAUCAUUUACAAUAUUUCCACAUGACCUAUGGGAUGGUUGUGCAUCUGGAAUAUGAACAUAACUUAAACUAACUGAAAGAAUGUUCCCUAGUCUAGAAUGUUCCCUAGUCUAGAAUGUUCCCUAGUCUAGUAUGUUCCCUAGCCUAGAAUGUUCCCUAGCCUAGAAUGUUCCCUAGCCUAGUAUGUUUCCUAGCCUAGUAUGUUUCCUAGCCUAGAAUGUUCCCUUUCAUUUAAAAGUAGAGAAUUAUGUUGUUUAUUUUCUUUUCAUUUGUUUGUUUCUUCAUAAUCGUACUGCUGUCAAUGGAGGAGAAAGGUGUUGAUGCAUGUUCCUAAUUGGUUUCCAACUCUGUUUCCAGUCUCUUGUUAAUACGAUGAGGUCAUCUGCCAACUCAUUACGUUCAGCACAUAGUUAACUACGAACCGUUCAUCCCUCUGGAGAACUAAGGUUGUAUUAAUUCAUCACUGAUGUAGGCAGGCCACCCAAAAGGUAAGGCACCCUAUUCCCUAUAGAGUGCACUACUAUUGACCAGAGCCCAUAGGACUGUAGUGUAAUGUGUAGGGAAUAGGGUGCCAUUUGGAGCACACAACCAUAGAGUGAUCAUAGGAGUAUCUCUCUAGAGCAGUAUCUUACUCGGUGAGCAUACUGCCAAAAUAAGGAUGCCUUGUCCAAGCCAGAGCGAACCAAAGGACAGGAGCCUGUCUCCUGUUUCUGAAGAGUGGGGCAACUUAAUGUACUAGUACACCCCCUAGACAGGACACUCGUCUGUCUGACUAUACUGGUAUAGAUUACUGUACUAGUACACCCCCUGGACAGGACAUUCGUCUGUCUGACUAUACUGGUAUAGAUUGUAUAUUUGAUUGCGUUAACAUAUUGUGAAUACCAGAGGUGUCACAACCCAACAACUGUCACGUGACCUAUACCUACAGGGAAGAGCUGUGCUUCUCUGUCGUAUUGUGUUUGCAUUGGAUCAAUGUGAACGAAUGUAUACAAUGUUGUGUUGUAAAUGUGCCUGGUUCUGUACCCCAUGUUUAUCCAUGUGUAUUGGUUGAUAUGAUAAGCUUUGUGUUGUGUUGUAAAUGUGCCUGGUUCUGUACCCCAUGUUUAUCCAUGUGUAUUGGUUGAUAUGAUAAGCUAUUUGUUAUGUAUGUAAGUUUUUAAAAAAAAGCUAAACAUUGUUUUGAAUAUAUGAUCACAUUUAUAAUACCGAGAAUAUGCAACCAUGUUAAAUAUGCUAAUCAUGUAUAAUAAAAUAAGAAUAUAGAUACA